CCAUAAAAACUGACAAUACGACCUUCACUUGUGUAAUAAACUUUUGUUAUGUGCCAAUUGCGUGCAUCGCUACCACAGACUAUAUCAGUUAGUCAUGUAAUUGGCUUGGUUUAUUUGCCUGUAUACGAUUACGAUGCCAGUCUUUAACGCGCGCCAAGACCGGCGCACGCGUCUGUGGUCUGUGGAAUUAAAAAGUUAAAGAUAACCUUGUUCGAAAAGUAAAUAAACAACGCGAGUGAUAAAAAACGUGUUUGGAUUUGGAACAUUUGCGUUAACGGUUUUCUUACGUGCCACAUUCAAUGCCGACCAGAUAAUGACCUACCAGGAUUAAAACAAUGGAGAGAAUAUAAACAUUUACAAUGAAAAAUAAUUAAAAUAAACAAUGCAUGCUGUGCACCCAGCUGAAUAUUCUACCUAAUUCAUUAAAUCUUCAAAAACGGUGCCUGAAAUUUAUUAAAAAUGGAGAAAGAAAACCAAAUGGAUCGCCUGAGAAAUCGCCUCAUCAAAAUCCAAGAGAAAAUACAAGACAAAGUAGAAGAUAUCCAGGAUCGAGUACAGAAUAAAAUAGACCAGUCGAAACUAUCACGAUUCGUUUCCCAUAUAUCGAGUGAAAAGAACUCACUUAAUGGAGACCGAAGUUCAAGAGAAGAUGAUGCUAAUUCCAUCGAUAAAUUAUCGAUAAGUUCCAACGAGAGGGAAAAAUCGAUACCACAUUUCGUAUUUGAUCAAGCUGAUGAAUGUGUUAAGGCAACAGAAAUGGAGCCAAAUAACGCGUGUGAGGGUUUUAUAAAGAUGGAAAAGAAUAAUGUUCUGUUUACGAGGAGAAGCAUAUCGGCGACUAAUUUGGCGUUUGACAGUGAUGAAUGUGAACGAUCUAGUGACUCUUGUGUUUCCAGCGAUCCUUUUGAAGAUGCCAGACGAGGACCCCGCCCCCGCUCCGGGAGCCUGCCCGGCGCACCUCUAGAGCUGCAGAACCACCUCGAACUUCCACCUACCUUCAGCACCUGCACGGAGCUGAUCGAGAGGCUCGGCAACCGGUUCCCUCGGCUGAAGGAAAAGGGCGACAGGCUGCAUAGGUAUCUAUUAAAGAACACGCGACUGAGCGACGUGAACAAAAGGCUUAAGGCUCAGAUCUGGAGCUCGGUGGUCACCAUCGUGCUGGUGGAAGCCAAGAACCUUCCAGCCAUGGACAUGGACACGCGGUCUAGCGACCCUUACUGUAAAUUUAGGUUAGGCAACGAGAAAUACAAAAGCAAGGUUGUAUGGAAGUCGUUACAUCCGUCGUGGUUGGAGCAGUUCGACCUGCAUCUCUACGAUGAUCAGGAGCAGAUACUAGAAGUCACUGUGUGGGACAAGGACAAACAGACAAAGGACGACUUCCUGGGAAGAUGUGCAAUAGACCUGUCCCGCCUAGAACGCGAGAAGACCCACAGCAUUUGGCAAGACCUUGAAGACGGGAAUGGACAGAUCUUCUUACUGCUUACAAUCAGUGGGACUACGCAGAGCGAGACCAUCACGGACCUCACCAGCUACAAGGAGAACCCGAGAGACAUAGAGAUUAUUGAUAGAAGAUAUACAUGGUACUACCUGAACGAGCAGUCGAGCGGCGUUGGCUGGCUCUGCGUGAAGGUGUACGGUGCGAAGGGACUGGCUGCGGCGGACUUGGGGGGCAAGUCCGACCCCUUCUGCGUGUUGGAGCUGGGUAACUCCCGGCUACAGACUCAUACGGAGUACAAGACACUCGCGCCUAACUGGAUGAAGAUCUUUACUUUCACAGUAAAGGACAUAAGCUCAAUCCUCGAACUAACAGUAUACGACGAAGACCACGACCACAAAGUCGAGUUCCUGGGAAAGUUAGCUGUACCGCUGCUCAGCAUCAGGAACGGGGAGAAACGGUGGUACGCACUGAAGGAUAAGAAGAUGAGGACGAGAGCGAAGGGGAACUAUCCGCAAAUAUUGCUGGAGAUGACUGUGAUAUGGAACCAGCUGAAAGCUGCGAUCAGAGUGAUAAACCCGAAGGAGCCGAAGUAUAUGCAUCAAGAGGCCAAGUUCAAGCGGCAUCUGUUCAUCCGCAACGUCAUGAGACUGAAGGCCAUCAUCAUGUGGUUUAUAGAGAUUGGAAAGAUUUUACAAGAUUGUUUUGAAUGGGAGUCCCGCGUGCGCUCGUUCUUGGGGCUGCUGGUGUGGCUGGCAUUCUGCUACUACUACGAGAUGUGGAUGCUGCCCUUCCUCAUUCUGGUCUUCUUGACUAGGAACUGGCUUAUUUACAGGCUCACUGUUGAAUACGAAGACACCCGAAUAUUUCAAGCAUUUAAGCCGCAUUUGCCAAGAAUAAGGGGCAAUCCACUGUUACAACCAGUGGACGAUGAAGACCUGCUAGCCGAGGAAGAUGACGAGGAAGAAGUGGAUAAGGAGGAGAAGAAAUCUCUAAAAGAGAGACUGCAAGCAAUACAGGAGGUGACGCAAACGGUGCAAAAUGCGAUCGGCUACGUCGCUUCAUUAGGAGAAGCUGUUAAAAAUUUAGCGAACUUCACGGUGCCAUAUCUUAGUUACAUUGCCAUCAUCAUGCUGUUUGGAGCGAUGGUGGUUCUGUAUGUGAUACCGCUGCGAUACUUACUCAUGGCGUGGGGCAUAAAUAAAUUCACGCGCAAAAUUCUCCGGCCACACACGAUACCAAACAACGAGGUUUUAGAUCUGCUAUCGAGGGUUCCGGACGAUGAGAUUUUGUUGGACUGCCGCGAGCUGAAACCCCACUCUUCUACCGAGCAUCGCCGCGACGCGCGCAAGAAGCACAAGGCGUCAUAACGCGGCAACUUGCGUCGUCGGCUCGCGGACUAUGUCGCCAAGAUGAGGGUUAGGCUCUAGGUUACUUGCCAAGGCUUUUGAAAAUGUAUUGAGGAAUAUUACUUACGACUAACAAAGCGGUGAAAAAAUAAUGCAAAAAGAUUGUCAAGUUCCAAAAUUUGACAAACUAAGAACGUAAGGCUGCACUGCCUGCACUACUUUGUCUAAGCUAACUCUUUGAGCAUCAAGCGUCAAACGGAAAUCCUGUUUCCCUAAGGCCUUCGUGCAAUACUGUCUUCUAAGUUGUUAACUGACGAUUCGUAGUUUUUUUUUAUAAUACUUAUACUUCCAGCGGCGUUGUGGCGUAUGGAGCAAUUUCCGUUAACGUGAUACGGCGUAUUUGGCGUUCAAAAGGUUAACAGAGAGUAACACACCUUGAAGAAUUACCUCGCCAAACUAUGUACCCCAUAAAUAUGGUAUGAAUAAUGUGUUCAAUAUCCCUUUUAAGUGUUUUUCACAGUACAAUAAUUUUUAACUACCAUAGACAUAUGAACUCGAAUAAGAAUUCAUGUCUAGCGAAAAAACUAACUCUGAUGCCACAUAUUCUAGGUCUGUGACAUUUCACAUAAGUUUUUUUGCCUCAGUCAACAAAUAUCCGUGUGUAAAGCAAUGGGGUAGUUUUAACUAGCACAAAAUCCAUUCAUAGCUCCUAGACUUGUACCUAAAAAAAAUGUUAAAUAUUUCCAAGAAUCUCAUGACCUCGAAUAUAUUCCACGCAAUAUAAAUAUUUGUAUGUGAUUUGUAAACCAAUUUGUAUUUACUUAAUUAAAUAGGUGCAUAAAUUUGUAUAAAUUUACCCGAAAGUCGUCCACGUAGAUAGGUAAUUCAAAUCAUCUCUUUUCAUAUUAUCAGCUUAAUCGCAUAAGAAUGUAUAAUUUUUUAAACGCAUCAAAACUUUUUUUACGCGACGCCGCGCCGUUCAUGUGUAAAAUGCUAAAUUGAACUUUAUAAAAAGAAUAUAAGAUUCAAUAUAGCCUACCAAUCUGGCUAUGCUGCAUUACCUACCGGCCGAAUCGAUGGCGUCUUUAUUAUUGUGUUAUCCUGAAGAGCUUGCCAAGCUAUAUUUUUAACUGUUUAGGCACCAUGGAACGCAUAUUUAUAAACUUAAAAUUUUCUGCGGUGGUCAGAAAGGUAUUAAAUAGUAGGUAGAAUGUUUUUGUUACCUAUUGAGUUACAAUCGAAUGAUUAUGAUAGCGAGAAAUUAAACUUAGUCAGUAGAAAAAGAGGCGCAAUAUUAAAUUUUCUCUCGGAGGACAACUCUUCGCACCUACAUUUUUAAAUUUUCUGCCAUUUUCUUUUUCUACUGACGAAAAUGGCUUGCCAGACUAUAUUUCUUAAAUUUCCCGCCUUUUUCUGAUGUUUCUUUUUUGUGAUACCUAUCCAGAGUUUAUCAAUAGAAAUAGGCGCGAAAUUUAAAUAUUCAAUGUUCAAUGGGAAGUCAACCCGUCGCGCCUAUAUUUUUUAAAUAUAGGCGCGACGUCUUUUUCUACUGACGAAAAUGGCUUGCCAAAUUAUAGUUGGUCAAACCAAAUUUUCAGUAAAUAAGAACAAAAAAACUAUACUCAUCCUUUUCUUUUGGGUGCUAGUACUAGUGUAAGACAAAGAUAGUAACGUAUGAUUAUCUCUGUCUAUGUUUGAAAUGAGACGAAUGAGACAGUCCUUUGACAAACUGUAGCACAGCACAGCUAGCCCGACCAAAGGGCCCUCCACACUCAUGCGCGAAUCACGGCGCGAAGCCGCGAACGUAAGUGUGGCGUCGAUUUCGCAGAUUGUUCACGCCUUCGCGCCUAGUUCCCCGUUUUUUGUCGGUUUAUUAGCCCGCGUCAAAGGAGGCGCGAAGCGCGAACUGGCAAGACACACACACUAUUACACACUAUUUUGACUCAUAUUGUGGCAAGACAAAUAAUAAUUAUAUUAUAUAAAGCGGCUAUAUUUUACGGUUUUACAACAAAACAAAAUGGAAAAAUAGCUAAAUCACGUAUGAUGCCAUAGAUAACUAGCAGUUAAAAUCGAUCAGCUGAUGCUUUUCCGCCAUCUUGACGCGAGCCAAACUGCGAAAUAGCCGUGAAGUUUGGAGUGUGGAGUCAUACGUCAACGUCGCGACAUGUUCUCUCCGCGAAGUCGCGCCGCGAUUCGCGCACAUAGUCUGGAGGGACCUCAAGAUUAUUAAUUUACUACCAAUGGUAGAUUUAUAUAAACACGGUAAUGGCACGGUAUAUCCAUGGCUACACCGGCAGUAAAAUAAAUUGAAGAUUAGUAGAAAACCACGGCAUUGUUAAAUUGUCAAUUUAAAUAGCUUUUGCGAAAAAUUGUCCCGUCUGGACCUAGACACUGAUUGAGCAAAAUCGUCUAUUCACACUCCUACAUGGUAGCCCGCCUCGCAGUCCGCCUCAUUAUGUAGGAUUGUGAAUGUGGUCGCAGACUACAUGGCGUCCUACAAAACCCAGGUAGGAUGCCUCUUGGGUCCUACAAGUCCUACAAGCCCCGCCCACCGCUUGCAGUUCGUCGCGCAGGAUUGUCUGUGGUAUGACGUCCUGCGUGGCAGGACUGUCAUGUAGCGAAUUGGAGCGUGAAUGUUAAUGCAGGACUGCAGUCCGCCAUUUUCUUUACAAUGAAAAACACGGGCUUAGCAGGUUUUAUUGAAAUAGGUAUAUAAAGAAGUUCGCUGUGUAUGUGAUCAAAAAUCACCAAAAUAACUAUAUUUUUUUUUAGAAAUAGCACAUAACGGUAUUGCAAGAGCACCGACACGAGGGUGUACCGCGAAAAACGAAAAGCGUAAUUUCUUUAUCUGCCUCUCUAUCACUAGGUAGGUAUUCUAGUUUAUCGCAAGAGCGAUAGGGAGGCAGAUAGCAAUGUUUCGAUUUUCGUCUUUCGUGGUAGGUCCUCUGGUAGGUAGGACUGCAAUGUAGGAAGUGUGUGAGCUAUAUCCUACUCCGCAGCAGUCCUGCGAGGCGGACUGCAUUGUAGGAGUGUGAAUGGGGGGCUUUAAGCGCGCGGUUGUUUUAUUCGAUAGACGCAGCGAUAAGCGCUGUCGAUAAGCGCUGUCGUUUUU